CGAGCGCAUCAUGAGCGCGUACUUUGAGCCUUUCAUCGCCGCCAUGUCCUGAGCCUGGUUCAGCGUCGCAUACUACAUCUCUUCUCUCGCCGUGUCGGCUGCCAAGCCUACCUCGCGCUUCACAAGCCUCCUCUCAACGUCUAUCUGGCGCGGCGGCCUCAUCGUCACCGGCACAGCGAUCAUGGGGUACUAUUGCGUCGUGUUCCCGGCCGUGCGCGAGUGCAACGACUAUCGCACCACGUACGGCGCCGACGGCGGGUCGGCGGCCAACUGCGUGCUUCCGCUCGUGACCGGGAUUGUUGGCUGGGUCGCCGUUCUUGUGGUGCGUGGAGACUGACAUGAGAGGAGAGGAGCACUGCUGAUCCCAGAUCGCGGCGUUGCUAGUUGUCGAGAUUCGCGCCCUGCACCGAUACAAGAAUUGGCAGGCCCCGCUCACCACCCUGCGAGCCGAGGAGGCGAUGUCCCUCAACCCUCGGGCUAAAGCGGCUGUGUGAACCGAGACAUGCUGUGUUGUGCUUUAGACUACGCCAACUUAUAAUCAGUCCAGUUCCUAUAAUACCUAAUGUACAUUGGAGCGCCUAAUAUCCAUU